GCCCCGACAUGUGGCAGCGCCCCCUGCUGUCCGGCCUUCAUCCAAUCAGCACUGCUUCCUGCAGCUGUGGGAGGACCAAUGGUGUGACAGUGGGCGGAGCCACAACUACACAGCCCUUUAAAUUGGCAAGCUCCAGGGGGAAGAACCUGUCUGCUGCUGGUGAAGGAGCCAUGGUGCUGUCCAUCAUCCUCACUCUUUCUCUCGUCCUCUUCUUCACGGUCUUUAUUCUCCUAUCAUGGUCCAGACAGCAUGGAUACAAGUCACUGCCCCCUGGACCUACCCCAAUUCCUGUGCUUGGCACGCCCCAGUACAUGGACUUAAAAAAUCUCAAGAACUUCAAAAAGCUCAGCCAGGAAUACGGCUCGGUAUACACCAUCUGGAGAAUGUCAGAACCUGUCAUCGUUCUGUGCGGUUUUGAGGCAAUGAAAGACGCCCUGAUAAACCAUGCCGAGCAGUUCAGUGCACGACCGAUAAUCCCAGUAAAUUAUGUCUUCUCCAAGGGAUACGAUAUUGCUGGACCACGAUGGCGCUCCCUUCGCCGCUUCACCAUGGCAUUUCUUAAGGAAUUGGGGAUGGGGAAGAAGACUAUGGAGAUGAGCGUAUUGGAAGAGACCAAGUAUCUCAUCCAGGCUGUAUUGGAGACUGGAGGGAAACCCUUCAACCCAACGAUGAGCCUGUCCUGCGCUUUAGGAAACAACAUCACUGUUUUGGCAUUUGGGGAGCACUUUGAUUACCAGGAUAAAACCCUACAUGAACUUCUCUUGUCUGCGUCCAGAUAUAUAAAAGGGGUCAAUUCUCCACUGAGUACGCUCUGUAAUAUGGUCCCAGUUCUUCUGAAGAUCCCGACCAUCAGGCAUAAAGCUGUUAAAGACAUUCUAUAUAUUGAGACGUAUGUGACAAAAUCUAUAAAGUAUCACAAAGAAAAAUUUAAUCCAAAGUCGCCAAAGGAUUACAUAGACCACUUCCUACUGAAGAUGAAGGAGGUGGAACACGAGCCGGAUCCAGAUUUUUGUGACACCAGUCUCCUCGUGGUGGCUGUAGGAUUUUUGGCAGGAGGAGUUGAUACAACAUCUGCCACCCUAAAAUUCAUGCUAACGCUAAUGGCCCAUUUACCAGAUGUGCAAGCUAAAGUUCAUCAGGAGAUAGAUGAAGUAACCAAGUCCUUGCGUCCUCCAGAGAUCGGGGACAAACCCCAGAUGCCCUUUACAAAUGCUGUUAUCCAUGAAACACAGAGAGUUGUCGACAUUGCACCAACUGCAUUUAUCCAUGCCACCACUGAAGAAGUCAAGUUCAGAGGUUACACCAUCCCAAAGGGAACACCUGUGAUUCCCUUCCUCACAUCCGUCCUGAUGGACCCUUCUCAAUGGGAGACUCCAGAUGAAUUCAACACUGGGCAUUUCUUGGAUGAGGACGGACAGUUCCACACAAAGUUGGCAUGUAUGCCUUUUUCAGUAGGAAAGCGAGCUUGUCCUGGAGAACACCUGGCCACCAUGCAACUCUUCCUGUUCUUCACCUCUCUGCUCCAGAAAUUCACCUUCACCCUUCCCCCAGGGACAGAACGUCAGGACUCAAAAUUCCUGAACUUAAACAAGCAUCAAAUUCUUGCAGCAGGGGAGAUCUGUGCCGAACCUCGUACCUUCUCCAAGUGAUCGCCUGCUGUCCCAGCUGCACACCGUGGAAGAAAUAACCCGUAGAAAAUGACAAAAUACAGACACUAAUAAAAUGUCACAAUGUUUAAAAUC